UUUUUUUUUGUUAUGGAAAGAAAACCUUGUGAUGAUUGUACGAAUUUCUCUUUAAAGCGUAUUUUUGAAGAUGAAGACAAGCCUAUAAGUUUAUCAAAAAAGAGAUCUAUUUCACUUUCAAAAACACGCAGUCAUACAUCAUCUCCUAUCGAUAUAAAAACAGACCAAACACUACAAAAAGAUGUGUCAACACAAGAAACAAAGCUGGAAUGCACUCCAACACAAGAAAUCAAGCUAGAAUCCACUGACAUUCAAUUGACAUUAGAACAAAAAGAAUUUGAACAAGAAUACCAUUGUCCCAUUUGCACACACGAUCUGACAUGUCUGAAAUCAAGUUAUCUUCGUCAGAAACAUAUCGAUCAAUGUAUUUCGCAGACAGAGACAAAAGAACAUCUUGAAUUUGAUGACUGCGCAUUUUGUGGCAAGAAUCUAAGGCACUUUACACUAGCAAGACGAGAAUUACAUAUCAAUCAUUGUCUAGAUAAAGCCAUGCCUCAAACCAAGGAUGGUACUUUUGCAGGACAGCCUGUGCCUUUCUUGAGUACAUUAGAGAUAUGCCCUGUAUGUCAUGAUACAAUGCCCUUUAAGGAUCAUACCCUAAAGCAGAAACUAAGGCAUACGAAACAAUGUGUUAAACACCACCAGUUAUCAUUGCAUGAUUUACUGCAGAAACUCAAGUGGAUUGGCUGGGGUCAUAUACCUAUUAAAAAUCAUACCUCUUCUGCUCAUCAACCGCCAUCACCACCUUCCAUACCCACUUUACCUCAGCAUCAAACAGUCGCUUAUAUACACGAUAAUACAGAAGACGAUUUUAGUCAACAAGUCAUUAUUUCAAAAACGAAUCUUGCAUUUAAAAACACAAAACAAGAAGACAAACACGACGAAGAACUUCAAACAGCACUGGCCAUCUCUCGAUCUUUAAAACAACAGAAACGCUUUCGUGUUGUCGACAAAAACGCAGCCAAUAUUUGGUCUAUGGAAGAAUCGAGGUCUAAUGCGAUUCAGAAAUUACAAGCACUGCUUUUCCCUUCAGAACAAGAAACCCUUCUUCAUUAUAUUCAAGCACAACGCGAACAAUCCAUUGAGAAACUAGCUCCUACGCGACUUGGUUGCUGUCAAGAUAGAUUUUAUUGGCAUUUAGCCAGUUUAUCAACAGCUCAAACUCGGUCAUUUGCACUGUUCAUGCAACACUUGGAUAAUAAAAAGUCAUGACUUUUUUUUUCUUUU